AUGGAUAAUAAUAUUAAUAAUAAAAUCAAACUUUAUAAAUUAAAUAAUGAAUUCGUAGAGGUUAGAAUAGGAAAUAAUUUAAAAGAUAUAUCAAUUUCAAUAAUUAAAUAUUUUAUUAAAAAUGAAAUUAUUUAUUUGGAAAUUGAAAAUAUUUUUUUAGAUUUUUCUUUCAGAAAAAAUAAUUUUGACCAAAAUGAUAGAACACCACCAACCAAUAUCAACAAUAAAGAUAAUUAUGAUAUAAAUAAUAAAAAUAAUAAAAUUAAUUUUUAUAGAGAAAUUACAAAAUUUUCAUUUGUAGAAUUCAAACACUGUUUAAUCAAUAUUUUUAUUAAAAUCAAAGAAGUAAAUCAUAAUAAUAAUAGUAAUAAUAAUAAUAAUAAUAGUGAUUGCCAGAGUUUGAAUUGUGAAAAUAAUAAAAAUAAUUAUAAUUUUAUAGAAUUAAAACCAAAUGUGACUGAUAAUAGCAUUAAUUUAAUUUAUUUUAAUAAUUAUAAUUUUAAAAAUGACAUUUUUUCAUGCCAAAGAAAUAGUUUAGAUAAACAAAUUUUAUAUUUGAUAAAUAAUAAAGGUAUAGAAAUAAAAUCAAUUAUGUUUGGUAAAGAAAAAAUUGUUGGGGAAGAAGAAGAUGAAACACCAUUAUUAAAAGAAUCAUCAUACCUUACUAUUAAUGAAAAUGAAAUUGUAACAGCAAGCAGCAGCAAUAGCAGUAGCGGUGACCACAAUGAAUCAAAACUAUCAUUGUUUUUAUUUUUAAAUGUGUGUUUUUCAGUAUUAAGCACAUUACAAUUUGGUUAUAAUACAGGUGUUAUUUCACCAACCAUUGUAGAAAUCCAAAAAUUAUUAAAUUUAGAUUUAAAUCAAAAAUCAAUAUUGGUGUCAUCAGUAUUAUUUGGAGCUAUGGCAGGAUCUUUUUCAAGUGCAUUUUUUGUAGAUAGAAUUGGUAGAAAAUGGUCAUUAUUAAUAAACAAUUUCUUUUAUAUAUUGGGUCCAUUUCUUUGUUCAAUUGGAAAAAACUAUGUUACUCUAUUAUUUGGUCGUUUAAUAACAGGUUUUGGUGUAGGUGUAGCAUCGUCUGUCGUACCAUUGUAUAUUGGAGAGAUAUCACCAACAUCACUUAGAGGUGCAUUAGGUUUACUCAGACAAAGUACAGUAACAUUUGGUAUCAUGUUAUCAUCAUUAGUAGCAUACGGUUUAAUAGUUUACUCGGACGGCUGGAGAUAUACAUUUGCAAUUGCAGCAGCACCAUCACUCAUUCAAAUGGUACUCUCUUAUUGGUUUGUAGAGACACCAAGAUACUUAAUAUCAAAGAAUAAAGCACAGGAAGCCAAGGUUAUAAUUAAAAAGAUUGAACCACAUCUUUCUGAACAACAAAUCGAUAUGCAGGUAUCUAAAAUCAAGCAAUCGAUCAAUGAACAAAAAGGAAGUGAUGAUAGUUGGUUACAGCUCUUCCAAAUUCAGUACAUCAAAAUCUAUAUUAUAGCAUUUGGUUUGAACAUGCUCCAACAACUAGUUGGUAUAAACUGUGUUAUUUACUAUAGUACCAUUAUCCUUCAAGAUGCAGGCUUUGUUAAAAAUACUGCAGUACUCAUUUCAGCAUUGGUUGGAAUACCCCAGCUAAUUAUGCUUUUGAUAUCAGUAUGGCUUAUUGACCGUUUUGGAAGAAAACCCCUCUUAAUUUAUGGUUUAAUUGGUAUGAUUGUUGGUAUGGGUAUUUUAGGUUAUCCAUUCUAUAACAAUUCUUCGUCUACUGGUGUAUUCGAUAACAAAGCAAAAGGCUGGGUAGCUGUAGCUGGUAUGAUUUUCUUCAAGUUAAUGUUUUCGGUUGGUCUUGGCCCAAUACCAACCAUUAUUACCUCUGAAAUCAUUCCUUCAAAAAUUAGAGGUAAAGCAAUGGCAAUCUCCCAACUUUUAAAUUGGUUAGGUAAUUGUAUCGUUAAUAUAAUGUAUUUACAUAUGGUUGACUCCCCAUUAGGUCAAGCCGGUACUUUUUGGUUCUUUGGUGGCAUCAGUUUAAUAACCUUACUAUUUGUAAUAUUCUUGGUACCCGAAACUAAAGGUAUUUCAAUCGAAGAACUAUCAAAGAAAUUAUUUAUUAUUUAA